AUGUCAUACAAACGCGUCAAACAGGUCUACUCAGGCCCGUCAUGUGACGUUUACCAAGGCGAGCUGGCCCAAGGAACGACGGUGGCGCUUAAAGUGGUGGAUCUUGACUUUGUGAGGAAACCCCACGACUUCAGAAGAGAAGUUGCAAUUCUACGAAAACUACAUAAUGAGGGUCAUAAGAACAUUGUUCCGUUUCUAGAUUCGUACCGUGUUCCUGGCUCGGACGACGACGUGUUGGUGAUGCCGUUUUAUGAACACGAUCUAUGUCUGUUGAUGAAGCAGAACGUGAAGAAGAAGGUGAGGUUUAACUUCGAAGAUCCAAGCAGAAACACAACAGAAGAGAGGAAUAUGCUUCCGUUGGACGUUGCAAGAGGCGUUACGUUUGGUUUAGCGGAAGCGUUGAAGUUUCUUCACGAAAAGCAUAUCAUUCAUAGAGAUAUCAAGCCAGCCAAUGUGUUUCUCAGCGCUGCGGAACCUACCGUGCCUGUUUUGGGCGAUUUUGGCAUUUCUUAUCCGGUAGACGAACCGCCAGCGCUGGAACCUUUGGAUACGAAGUUCGGCGAUAUCGCUACGGGUUACUAUAAGGCCCCAGAGCUCUGUUUUGGCGUGACAGACUACUCUUACGAGGUUGAUCUUUGGCUGUUGGGGAUUUUGGUGCUGUACUUGUAUUCAAAAGAUGGGCAUCCGGUUAAUAGAGAGGUGGAGGAAGACGAAAGGGAAGAAAUGCCUGAACUUAAUGACUUUGUCUUGCUACGAGGGUUGUUUAGGAAUUUCGGCACGCCCACAGUUGAAGAUUCGCUGAGCGAGCUAUAUUGGCCCAAAUUGGCCAGCGAAGAGUACCAUUUUGUGAAAUUCAGAUACGAAGGGCAUCCAAGAAAAAGCGUGGAUCAGCUUUUGCCAAGAUGUGAUGACCAAGACGUCAAAGUCUUGUUCAACGGCUUGACGCGGUACGACAAGCGAGUCUUGGUCAUCGAAAAGUGA